AUGAAUAACAUCAAAAACAACGACAACGACAACGAAGAUCUGUACCAACCUCGCGUCAGCUUAAGAAGAUCAGUUUUUAAAAUCAUACAAAUAAAUAUAUCAACUAUCUAUGCCGAGGUUUAUAGAAAGUCGGUCUUUCGAAAAUACGGUAGUUUUCAGAUUUUGUGUUUGCUUGAUUUCUAUGUGCAUUAUGCCGAAGAACGAAAAGGACAUGGUAAGGCGAUUAUUGACUAUAUGCUGCAGACCGAGCAUGCUGAACCGUAUCAGUUGGCGCUCGACAAUCCAUCAAUGACGCAACUCGGCUUUUUCUCAGAACACUAUGAUCUCACAAAACCAAUCUGGCAAAACACAAAUUUCGUUGUGUUCGAAGAGCUCUUCAAAUCGGUGGCCGUUAACGGAGAUGCUGAUAAAACGCCGGAAGGAUGGAGUCGACCUCACACGCCACGUCAGAUCGGCAACGGUGGCACGGAGACUCGUUGGCUACGACAUGCCAUCAGUGGACGUAUGGCCAAGACUCAUGGGAUGAAUGCUGCUGUGGAAGUAGAUCAAUCUCCGGAAGGUUCAUUGGCGAAUCGUGCUCAUCAAGCCAAGGCACGAAAGGCACACAUCCUGUCAAGCAGCCCACUCUGGUAG